CAGAGCAGCUCGGUGACUUCUGUCUUGUCCAGAUUCCCCAGAUCACUAUCUUCCACCAUUUUCAAGUCCCUCGAACUAAACGGUUCAUGGAUAACUACGAUGGGAAUCCUUCUCUGGGUGGAGAGCCUGCGAUGGACAUAGGAGAUUGGAGGUGCCAAUUGCAGGCAGAUUCGCGGGAAAGAAUUGUCAAUAAGAUAAUGGAGACAUUGAAGAGGCAUCUUCCUUUCUCUGGUCAAGAGGGGUUAGCUGAACUCAAGAAAAUUGCUGUAAGGUUUGAGGGAAAGAUUUAUGCUGCUGCGACAAGUCAGUCGGAUUAUCUACGGACAAUUUCUCUGAAGAUGCUCACUAUGGAGAGCAAGUCUCAGAAUACAGUGACCAGUUCUUUACAAUCCAACUCUGCUUGGUCUUCUGUUAUGCAACCUCAAGUCACCAAUCAAGGACAACUCUUAUCAGAAAACAUUCAAAGCAACAUUCCGCAUGCUGGAAUUCAAUUUUCUGCUGGUUUAUCAUCUGCACAAGCUCCUACCCCAGCUCUGAAUAUGUCUGCCUUACUAUCUGCACUACCCCCUUCCCCUGGUACAGAUAUGCCUGCCAGCAACUCUGGAUUCCACUGCCCAGAUUGGAGAUAAAAAUGGAGCUGAAUGGCAAGAGGAGGUCUAUCAAAAGGAGAGGUGCCAGACUUGUUUAAACUAAUUUCUCGGAUGCAAUUUGUAAUCAUCAAUUGUUUAUACCAAGUAAUAGCUAUUACGCCAUUAGAUCAAUAUUAGUCCUGUCCAUUAUGGGAUGAAUCGGAACUACCCCAAAAAAGAGUGAGUUGUUAAAGUUCGGAUUGUUUAUUUGAUACUUCUAAAGAUGACUAAUGUUCAUCGAACUCGAAUCAUCAUAUUAUCUAGCCUCAAAAAUCUAUUCUGAUUGCAAGUGGCUUCCAAAAACGCUUGCUCUAAAUUAUUGCUACUUCAGUCUGUGGUAACACUUA